GUCAUUCUUCAGAUAUCAAAACGUCAGUUAUAACAUAUGUUUAAUCUCAACGUUAGCAUUUUCUAGGUUUUCAUAUUUCUAAAGAGAUUUCCUUGCACAAAAGCCUUCAGGCUUGAAAUACCUUCCAAGUUAAUUUAAUAAAAAUAAGGCACUAUGCCCGAAGACACGAAAAAAACUUCACAAAAAGGCAAAAGUGAUCCUAAAGAGCAGCGACGAAAACGGCAGGGCCGGCAUAAUGCUGCUCCUGCUGAGAAGAAAAUAGAAAAAGUACCAGAACCACCAAAGGUUGUGGAGCCUGAAAAACCAGCCUAUGUACCUCCUGGACCUGAAUUUUACCAGAGCCUAAAAAGGGAAACAGACGAGAUACUAAAAAUUACUGAAGAAGCUAACACAAAAUACAAGAAGAAAGAAAUUCAAAGUAAUUGGGCUAAGUAUGAAAUGCCAAUUGAGUCUUAUGAAGAAAUUGAAGAACAAGAAAAUCUAGGAGCUGACUAUGAGGCUCUCAUUCAAGCAUCUUUCUCAGUGGGAGGACAUUUCCAAUUUAAACAUGAGAAAUCUUGGGACAUCACAACAGGACCAACACCAUAUGAUAAAUAUUUUGACAUUAAUAUGGAAAAUCUUAAUGUAGCUCUCUUAACAAUACCAUUUUAUGAAAGAAAUGAUUUUGAUAAAAGUUUAUUUAGUGAGAGUGAUAUACAAAGCAUGGAUCACAGAGCCACAAAAUUCAAACAAAAGUACUAUAAUGACAAGAAAUACACAACACCAGAUCUAGAGGCUCAAGAAAGAAUAUUAAAUAACUUGACAAAGUCUGAUAAUAACAGUGAAACUAGUAAUAACCAUGAAAAUAAUACACAGCUAGAUAAUGUAAUUGAUGAUCAAAAAGAAAUUAUAAAUACUGGACAUGAACAUUAUGAACCAAUAAAUAUUUUCUCUACUAAAACUGUGACAGAUAAUAGAAAUAAAGAUUCAAAAGAAGAUUCUGUAGAAGAAAAUAUACCUAAUAAUUCAGAUGAUUUUAUAAAUAAUGUAAAUAAAAUAACUAUACAUGAGGAAAAUAAUACCACCAUACCCCUUGAGACUGAAGCAGUUGCUGAGAAAGAACGUAAAACUAUAGAAAAUGAAGUAGAUAGUAGUGACUUUGAUUUUAUAGGAGAGGACAAUUUUAGUGAUAAAGAAAAUAUUACUAAAGUUAAAUCAGAAAUUACAUUAAGUCAAGAAAACUUAAUGCCAAAGACUAUAGAACUACCAAAAGCACCAAAAGAUUAUUCAAUCAAUCUUCCUAAGGACCCACCUAAGAAUCCAAUAAUUGAAUCUCCCGAAGAUCUCGAAAAAUGGCUUGACGAUUUCUUGGAUGGUUAACAUAUUCAGAGGCAGGCCGUGGAUCACCCGUCGAGAUCAUUUAUAAUCUUCAUUUAUAAUAUUCAUUAAGAAUUCGCGAAAUAAUCACGUUUUGGAUGUCGGCAAAGUUGUUAUCGGAGCUUUAGAAGCACAAUUAAAGUGGGCAAAAGUAGUGGAGUGGACUUAGUGUUCCCUUAUAUAUAAAGAUAUAUUAACCAAGAACUGUCUGUAGUGCAUAAUACACCAAAACUAUAAACAAAUCGCAUUUAAUAUAUAAAGCCAAGGUUUAUUUAUCUUUACCAGGUUCUUUCGAUUUCAGUUUUGAUCGUAUUUGUUUUUCCGUUGCCGAGUACCUACUCGCAUACUAUAAUUUAAAAUAUUCAUAUUGUGUAACGAGUGAUAUUAAUUUGAUAAAGAUAACAUAGGUGUAUAAACAAACGAUAUGUACUCUAAUUCCAAAUUAAUCUCAUUGAUAAUAAUUUCUAGCAUUGUAAAGUUGUUUGAUAUUUAUUGUUAGGUGCUCAGCCUUUUUUAAAGCUUAGCGUUAGUUGUGCG